GCUCACCCUGUGAUCCCACCUUCAUCCUGGGCUGUGCUCCUUGCAAUGUGAUCUGCUCCAUUAUUUUCAAGAACCGGUAUGAGUACCAAGAUCCAGAUUUUCUCACCUUGGUGAACAAGUUAAAUGAAAACGUCAGGAUUCUGAGCUCUGCAUGGGCGCAAGUCUACAAUAAUUUCCCUGCUCUCAUUGAUUAUCUUCCAGGAAGUCAUCACAUUUUGUUCAAAAAUACUGAUUAUAUUAGAAAUUAUAUUAUGGAGAAAGUAAAAGAACAUGAAGAAUCCCUGGAUGUUAACAAUCCUCGGGAUUUCAUUGACUGUUUCCUGAUAAAAAUGGCUCAGGAAAAGGACAAUCAAGGGUUGGAGUAUACGUAUGAAAACUUGGUGACUGCUGCCUCUGAUUUGUUUGGUGCUGGCACAGAGACAACAAGCACAACACUGAGAUAUGCUCUCCUGCUCCUGCUGAAGCACCCACAGGUCACAGCUAAAGUCCAGGAAGAGAUUCAGUGUGUGAUUGGCAGACACCGCAGCCCCUGCAUGCAGGACAGAAGCCGCAUGCCCUACACAGAUGCUGUGCUGUAUGAGAUCCAGAGAUACAUUAAUCUCCUUCCAGUCAACGUGCCCCAUGCAGUGACUUGUGAUGUUAAAUUCAGAAAUUACCUCAUUCCCAAG